AUGUCGCAACGACCAAAGCCGCUACCGGUUCAAGCAGACAAGCGCAUCAGUCAAGUCUCGCAGAUAUCUGAAUUCUCAAUCAACAGCACAGGCAGCGAUGCCCGGCGUCACAAGGCUCAUAUCGGACCCUGGCGUCUCGGACGGACCCUUGGACGAGGAAGUAGUGGUCGUGUCCGCUUGGCCAAGCACGCCGUGACUGGAAAGCUCGCGGCAGUCAAGAUUGUGCCAAAGCUGAGCGCGAGUACGGUGCGUAAAGAUGAUCAAGGCAGACCGCGUGACAAAGUUGGCGGUCUACCGUACGGUAUUGACCGAGAGGUGGUCAUCAUGAAGCUCAUUGAGCACCCAAACAUUAUGCGUCUUUACGAUGUUUGGGAGAACAAGGCCGAGCUAUACCUUGUCCUCGAAUACAUUGAGGGCGGUGAACUGUUCGAAUACCUUGUUCAACGCGGGCGUCUACCGGAAGAAGAAGCGGUCGACUUCAUCACGCAAAUUCUCAACGCGGUUGACUACUGCCAUCGCUUCAACAUCUGCCAUCGCGACCUUAAACCAGAGAACCUGCUCCUCGAUGGCAAUCGUAAUAUUAAGGUCGCAGACUUUGGAAUGGCAGCGCUGGAACCAAUGGGUCAAAAGCUUCAGACCUCCUGCGGCAGUCCUCACUACGCAAGUCCAGAAAUCAUCUCGGGCAACCACUACAAUGGUGCACCUUGUGACAUCUGGUCAUGCGGUAUCAUCCUGUUUGCUCUACUGACCGGCCAGUUGCCGUUUGAUGACGAAGUCGUCAUGAACUUGCUUGCAAAGGUACGCUCAGGCCAGUACACCAUGCCUACAUUUCUCUCGCCCUUGGCACAAAACCUCAUCUCGCGAAUGCUCGAGGUAGAUCCUCACAAGCGCAUCACGAUGCCAGAGAUUCUAAAUCAUCCACUUCUGGCCAUGUACAGGAAGUCUGGCGGGCCUAAGCUACCAAAACCGCUUGCGAUGGAAAUGGUUGGCAGACCGGUACGAACUGCCGGUGAGGUAGACUGGGAGAUUCUCAAGAACCUACAGACACUUUGGCGUGGAGCGCCUAAGGAGCUCAUCAUCCAGAAACUGCUCAGACCGGAGGCCAAUGCAGAAAAGACCUUUUACUGUCUGCUUGAAAAGUACAGGCACGAUAGACUUGAGAACUACAGUGGCGAUGAAGACUACAAGCCCGUCACAAAGAUGGUCAAGUCUGCGUCGCGACGGAGUCUGGCGUCUCGCAAGAGUGGUACCUCAGCGAGGCGUGCAAAGCAUCGAAAGAAUGCCAGUCGAGGAUCCAAGGCAUCUUCUCACCGUCGAGGCGUCAGCUUUGGUCGACCUACAAAGACUGAUGUGCAGAGUCAACCCUCAGCACCCAUGCCCAAGACAACAGCGGCCCCACAAGAAAGCAUCAACUUUGCCUUGCCGCGCGUCAGCCCACCGAAGCGUAGAGCACCAAGUAACAUAACGCAGGCGCAACGAAGACUGGACGAAGAAACGGCCCGCAAGAUUUCUGCAGAGUUUGGUCAGCUGAUGGAUGCUGCCUUCAAUACAGCCGGGCCAGUCUCACCGACGGUCACAGUUCUUCCUGAUGGGACCUCGCUUGAUCGUGCACUACCUAGCCCACCCUACGACGUCUUUGCAGGGAAAUCUGAGCCACCACUUGGUCGAACCGAUUCUCACAAGCAAAGGGCCCACAAAUCUUCAGAAGCAGCAAGUAUCUUCCUACCGCGAAUCUUCGAAGAGGAUCGCUAUGCGGAUGCAGAAGAAGCUCGCGCAUUGGAUCUCGGCCUCAUCCUGGGUGAUCAGCCAAAGCGACCCAAGGCAGUCAAGGGCUACUCUUACCCUACACGACCUAGUGGACCGCGUGCUGCGCUUGGCGAGCUGGAUGCCGCUCAGACGAACAACACUGCAGCUGCCGCUGCAAGAAGUGCUGCAUUGUCUGUGUACCCUAAUGGGAAACGCAGAGAGCUCACUAUUGAAGACAAGACCGGUCGUGUCUCGAGUCUUGUUGAGAAGACGACAACCACCAAGCAGUCCGCUGCGAGGCGGUUUGUGUCUGCACCAACGUACACACGCAUGCCGAGCGAGCUGGCAAAGACGUUUAGACUAGGCAGAGUGCUGGGUGAGGAUUCAAAUACGAAUACGGAGCAAGUGGAACCGGCCAAGGGCAACAGUCAAAUGCGCAACUGGUUUGGCAGAAAGUUCUCUAUGUUGAAGGCUGACAGGCCUGCCCCGCGUGCACCGAAGCAAGAUGAGGUUUCGCCUGCCGUGGCACCAGCUAUUUCGUCGACUCCUGCAGCCUAUCAGAGCAGUCCGCCCGGCCAUCCAACAGCGCAUGGCUCGCCUGUCAAUCUUGCCGCGCGUCGACACGCACCCUCACCGCCUCGACUUCAGAAUCUUGAACGACGCGGUACGUCAGGGCGAGAGUCGCGUUCGCAGGAUGUGCCACAGCAGCAGAAGCAUGUUGCUGACUUACACAAGGCUGCACCACAGCAAACAAUUCACUCUCCAGACUUCCCGAAACAGUCCUUCUUUGCACGAUUGCUCAACAUCAAACCAGCGAGCAAGACUCUCGACACAACUCUGAGUGCCGCCAAGCUUCAGCGUGAAGUGGUGGAUUGCCUGCGUCGAUGGGAACAAGCGAAUCUUGGCAUCCAAGGUAUUCAAGAAGAUCGCCGACAAGGCUUUGUUCGUUCUCGCCUUGGUGCGAAGAAUGCACUCAAGCUGCGGCCAGUAUGCUUCCGCAUCGAGUGUCAAUCUCAUUCGGCGGGCGCUUCUGCGGUAUUCGUGCAGGAGAAGGGUGCACGCAGCACAUUCAACCGUGUCGUCCAAGAGUUUGAGUCUAUUUGGAAGCAGGCCGGUAAGCUGCAGAACUUUGCAUCCAAAGAUGUGCAACGGCCUCACUCUGCAGCUGCAGUAUUGAGACCUGCUUCUCAGCAAGCGCUGCAGCGUCCACCGUCCGUGGCGCCAGCGUUGAGACCGGCUUCUGCUGCUGCCGGACAGCGUCCAUCCUCUAGGAUAUCAGCAUACGCGCUAUGA